AUGAGUCUGAAUGCUUCUAUUAAGAUUCAUUGUCCUCAUGAUCUGUCUUCACCUUUCCAUUUGAUGGUGUCAUCUCCACUAUUCUUCAGCCCAUGUUUUGGGCAUUUGGAACAUAGAAGUUAUAACAUACAGUCUACAGGCUUCUUUGAGAUUCAAUCAAGGGGUUUCAUUCCAGAUACUAAUGAGGCAUACCAAAACUCGAAUGUUCUCAUCGAGUUUAAGAAGAAAGGAUACCUGGAUAAUCAAGGUCGCUGGACAGCAGACAUAGGUUGUCCAGAUCUGAAAGUACCACAUGUUACCCGCCAACUUGGUGCAUAUCUACAGUUUUUGGACUGGUGUGGGACCGUGGCUCAUCAAGUCAUGUUAUUGCAAUGGUGCAUCACAGAGGCAUUACAAACCAUUAGAUCUUGGGAGUUCAUGAAGAAGUGGCUUAUUAUGCAAGCUGAUACCUCAAUGUGGAAUAUGGGCCUCAUGCAUCCAACACAAUCAGACUGA